CAAUAUCUCGCAUAUUUUUUUCUUCACCUAAAAUCAGCGCUGUUUUCAUUAAGCAAGUUUUCUGACACCUAAACAACGCCCGCGUUUCUAGUUUUUUUUCCUCGAACGGACUGUUUCUGUUCAGCUUCUGGAGAUGGGGAUGCGUGGAGUUUUGUUUUACGCAUUUUUAGCGGUUUUCAUCGGUCCAUGUCGGGGGACUUUAAUGAACUGCGAUGAAGUGCGUAAAGUUUUCCAAUUGAAGGAAAUCGGACCUGUAAAAUCAAUACCUGAAACACCGAGAACAGGUUCAGACCUCCAGGUUUGUUUUCCAAAGAAUCUAACGUGCUGCACCAAGAAGAUGGAGGAGCGUUAUCAGGUGGCGGCGCGACGGGACAUCCAGAACCUUCUCCAGAUGUCCAGCUCUAGUCUGAAGUUCCUCAUCUCACGCAAUGUGGCUGCUUUUCAAG